AGGGCUGCGAGAAAGAACAUCUGCUAUAAAUAAUAGAUGACUUUAUAAAGAGUUGCAGGAAUAGCUUGACACAAUCCUUCUUAAAAACACUCGCUAUGACGUCUAAAACCCCGAUAUAGACCAUCAGCUCUCGUAUUUCAAAAGAUGCGAAAGCGCCGCCCCGGCUUCAUUUUUGUUUAAUUGAGAAUUCAGCCUCUAAUGACAAGCCGUGUUUCUGGUUUAUUGAGAAUCGUAAGAGAGAAUUCAGCAUCUAAUGACAAGCCGUGUUUCUGGCUAAUUGUGCGCGACUCCUGAUUCUACAGAUACAACGAUAUGACAGCAGGAAAUUCAUCGACUCUUGUACCCUUAAAACACUGUGACCAUCAAACUGAGCUGAACAACUCCUGCUCACAGAAUAGAUCACUUGACCAACAAAAUGAAAACCUUCUUGGCGUUGGCUACACCGGGAUGGUGAUUUGGUGCACAACGUUUGCGUUGACUUCAUUUYUUAUAAUUGUAACGAACRCAAUCACUAUCAAGAUUUUUUGCACGMAUCCACAACUAAAGAAGAAAAAAGAACACUUGUUUCUGUUGAGYUUAGCGUUGGCUGACAGUAUUGUAGGAACAGUAACUGUACCAUUCAACAUUAUACUCUUAGUGUUGGCGUGGUCAAACAAAUUCUUUACUCAGUCCUACAAGAGCUUAACAGGGCUCUUCUUGUUCUUUGAUGUGUUUUCUGGACUGGCUUCGGUUUUYACACUGACAGCAAUUGCAUUAGAAAGACAGUUUUCUGUUGCUAAGCCACAAAAACAUCGAACUAUCAGUAGAAGGAAAUAUCAGUUCUUAGUAGGGGCACCCUGGGGACUAGCUUUGCUUCUUGGUAUUCUUUAUGUCCUAUCGUAUUCGCAUGGCUCUCCACCAUUCAACGUUUUCUUCCAGUUUAUUGUUAUAUCAGUGACUUUGUCGUUCAUUCUAAUAAUUAUUUGUUACGUUGGCAUUUGGAUUUAUAUUAAAAAUGAAAAACCUACAAAACGACUAUCCCAACUAAGCUUAAGAAAUGGGAAAUCAUAUUUUCAAAUAAGGAAAGAGCGCAAAAUGACGUAUGUCGUUGUCAUAGUAACAAGUACGUUUGUGAUCACAUGGCUUCCAUUUCAGAUUAUUAAUGUGAUAUACUAUGUAUGUAACUGUGAACCAGGUUUUUCUCAGUCGCUCAUCAACAUAAUCAAAUUAUUGCAGUACUUAAACUCUUUGUUAAACCCAAUCGUUUACUCGCUGGUCAUUGAUGAAUUCAGGAAAUGUUUACGUAAAACAGUGCGCAACAUGAGAAGACAAUAAAGCGCUAGCGUCAAUGUUUACGUAAAAACAGUGCGCAACAUGAGAAGACAAUAAAGCGCUAGCGUCAAUGUUUACGUAAAAACAGUGCGCAACAUGAGAAGACAAUAAAGCGUCGAAGUUACUACUCAUUGUCUGCAUCCGCCGGGAUGUAAUGCAUAUGAACAAUUUUGACAAAAACACCAUUUAUUUCUCAGAACAAGAGGGAAAAGGGUGCGAAUAGAAAACAAGGAAAAUACUAGAAGUGUAAUCGAUUGUCAAGAAAAGAAAAACAAAUAAAAUAUGAUAAAGAUCUCUUUAUGCAAUGUUAAUCGCGCUUAUUUAUAUACCUUUUAGAGUCACAUCUUUGCACCAACAUGAACUAAUGAUGAUUUCCUCGCCACUACAACUUCAUUUGGAAUAACUUCUUGCGGUUGUUGUCUACUCCGGUAUCUUUUCUCUAUACAUACAUGUACUUAGUAUAUAACCGUAUUAUUGACACUAGGAAAGUUAUUAAAUAAAAAAACACUG